AUGUAUGACAAUUAUUUUAUUCAGAAUAUUUUCAAUGAUAUUCAUAUAUUUAUAGCUGACUAUGUAAAAAUAUUGAAGAUAAUCAAUGAGAAUUCUUCGAAUAUAUUAACAGUAAAAUUAAAUGACGAAGAUUUUUUUUUACCAGCUACAUUCAAUAAUAUUUCUCAACGAGCGGAUACAUUAAGAUAUCAUUUGCAACGACAAAUAAAAAUUCUUGCACAAAAAAGACGAAGUAAUAUUUCGAAAGGCAUUGAUGAUGAUAUUAAUAAUCAAAAACAAAUCUUUACAUUGGAUAAUAAUUUGAAAAUCGAAUUAGAUCAAUUACAGAAUGAAAUAGUAAAUAAAAAUAUAAGUUCGAUGAUACGAUAUAUACAAGUAAUACUUGAUUCAUUUGAACUAUAUAAUGAUAUUUAUUUUCUUAAUAAAACAUUUCGUCUAUUACCUAUCUUACAAAAUAUACAAAAACAAUUAUGUUGUAUUUCGAUAAAUAUUCAGAAAAUACUUGAUAAAAACUCGUUUGGUAUUAAACAACAUUUAAGAAAUGUACAAGAUAAAUUAAAUGCUUAUAACAAUGAGAUGAAAAAUAAAUUAGAUAAAUAUAUUUCACGUGAUAUUCGACCACCAAUGCUUGUUAUACCUUGUCCAACAAAUAAUUCUUCUCGUGAAUUCUUUACUAAAAUUAAUUCAUCAAAUGUGAUUGAUCAUGAUCUUAUUCAAACUACAAGUGUUAGUAGUGAAGAUUCAUUAUUAGAAUAA